GUGUUGGACACAGAAUCCUUGAUUUGAUGCUAAAAUCCGAAAAUCUCAGUGUCAUUGAUAUCGCGUUACAAUGAGGACGUUAUCGUUAAUUUUAAUUGUUUUAUUGCAAUUAUAUUGUGGUUAUAAUGCGGACAACAGGAUUUGUACUACGACAGAAGUGAUAACACGCAGACAAUACGAGUCGUAUUGGAGCAAUUACACGGUGAUGGUGAACGACCCAAAAUGCAGGAGAAGACGUUGUCCUAGAAUCAAAAAACCAAGAAGCUUCAGAGCAAAUCGUGUAGUUACUAAAAACGUGACAUCGGUCAAACAUGUCUGCUGCACCGGCUUUGAGCGAGAUUUAACAUAUUCGCGAUUGGUCUGCAAGGCGAAAUGUUCAAAACCUUGCAUAAAUGGUUUCUGUCGAAGUGCAGAGGAAUGUGGCUGCAACUUAGGCUAUGUGUUGGAUUUAGCUGAUAAGUAUCGCUGCCAGCCGUAUUGCAGCAAAUCCUGCGGAGGAGGUAUUUGUAUACUGCCAAACGUAUGCCAUUGCAACAGAGGAUAUCGAUUUCUCAAUCAAACCUGUGAACCAUUUUGCAGUAAGCCCUGCAUGAAUGGCAGCUACUGCGCCCGUCCAGAAACCUGCGAAUGCAUGAUAGGAUAUAAAAAAUCUGCGGAUAAUAUCUGCAAACCUCACUGUUCAGAUGGUUGCCCCAACGGCACGUGCGUCAGUCCAGAAAAAUGCGUUUGUAAUUUAGGCUUCCAAAUGGUUACCAAAAACGACACUAUGGAGAAAUCGUGUCAACCAAUAUGUAAUAAACCUUGUUUAAAUGGCAUUUGUGUGGCACCAGAAACUUGUGAAUGCAAAAAAGGAUACGUAAAGACAGAUUCCUACAGCUGCAAGCCUUUUUGCUCUAGUGGGUGUGCCAAUGGCAAAUGUGUUGCACCUGAAACUUGUAUUUGUAAUUUCGGAUGGCAAAUGGCGAAUGAUAGCAAAACUUGUCUGCCAAUAUGUUCUAAGCCGUGUGUAAAUGGAACGUGCGUGGCUCCAGAAAUUUGUGAAUGCUCUAGGGGGUAUUCACAAAUAGACAAGUAUAAUUGCGAACCCUUUUGUUCCAGUGGUUGUCCUAAUGGAAGUUGUGUUGCUCCAGAAAAAUGUGUAUGUGACUCAGGAUGGCAAAUGAGUCAGACAGAUAACACUACGAAUAAAACUUGUCAUCCGAUAUGUUCAAAACCCUGUAUUAACGGCACGUGUGUGGCUCCGGAAUUUUGCCAAUGCAAAAAAGGGUAUGAAAAAGCGGACAACUACAGCUGUAAACCCUUUUGCUCUGGUGGAUGUCCCCAUGGGAGUUGUAUUGCUCCAGAAACUUGUGACUGCUACACAGGGUGGGAAAUGGUUCAAUCAAAUGGCACUGCGCAUAAAUCGUGCCAGCCUAUAUGUUCAAAGCCCUGUAUUAACGGCACGUGUGUGGCUCCAGAAACUUGCCAAUGCAAAAAAGGGUAUGAAAAAGCGGACAACUACAGCUGUAUACCCUUUUGCUCUGGUGGGUGUCCCCAUGGAAGUUGUAUUGCUCCAGAAACUUGUGACUGCGACCCAGGGUGGGAAAUGGUUCAAUCAAAUGGCACUGCGCAUAAAUCGUGCCAGCCUAUAUGUUCAAAGCCCUGUAUUAACGGCACGUGCGUGGCUCCAGAAACUUGCCAAUGCAAAAAAGGGUAUGAAAAAGCGGACAACUACAGCUGUAAACCCUUUUGCUCUGGUGGAUGUCCCCAUGGAAGUUGUAUCGCUCCAGAAACUUGUGACUGUGACCCAGGGUGGGAAAUGGUUCAAUCAAAUGGCACUGUAUAUAAAUCAUGCCAGCCUAUAUGCUCAAACCCCUGUAUUAACGGCACGUGUGUGGCUCCAGAAACUUGCCAAUGCAAAAAAGGGUAUGAAAAAGCGGACAACUACAGCUGUAAACCAUUUUGCUCUGCUGGGUGUCCCCAUGGAAGUUGUAUUGCUCCAGAAACUUGUGACUGCGACCCAGGGUGGGAAAUGGUUCAAUCAAAUGGCACUGUACAUAAAUCAUGCCAGCCUAUAUGUUCAAAACCCUGUGUUAACGGCACGUGUGUGGCUCCGGAAUCUUGCCAAUGCAAAAAAGGGUAUGAAAAAGCGGACAACUACAGCUGUAAACCGUUUUGCUCUGCUGGGUGUCCCCAUGGAAGUUGUAUUGCUCCAGAAACUUGUGACUGCGACCCAGGGUGGGAAAUGGUUCCAUCAAAUGGCACUGCGCAUAAAUCGUGCCAGCCUAUAUGUUCAAAACCCUGUAUAAAUGGAUCAUGUGAGGCUCCAGAAAAAUGCCAAUGCAGUGAAGGGUAUACCAAAGUAGAUAACUACAGCUGUAAGCCAUUCUGCUCCAGUGGUUGUCCUCAUGGUAGUUGUAGAGCCCCCGAAACAUGCGAAUGUGAUUCUGGAUGGCAUUUGGUUCAAUCAAAUGACACUGGAAAACAAAAUUGCCAACCUAAAUGUUCGAAGCCCUGUUUGAAUGGAUAUUGCGUCGCUCCAGAAGAAUGUCGGUGUGCAAAGGGUUAUGUUAAGUCAGACGACUACAGCUGUAAGCCCUUCUGUUCCAGUGGGUGUCCUCAUGGAAGCUGUGUUGCUCCGGAAACAUGUAACUGUGAAUUAGGAUGGCGUUUAAAUCAGACACACGGUACUACAAUCCAAACAUGUGAGCCAUUUUGUACCACCCCCUGUGUGAAUGGCAUAUGCGUGGCACCUGACACUUGUGAAUGUUUACCUGGAUAUAAAAAGUACGAAAAUAACGUUUGUAAGCCUCACUGUUCAUCUGGUUGCCAUCACGGUACCUGUGUCGGUCCAGAAACCUGCAUUUGCGAUAUCGGAUGGAAAAUAGGAAAUGAUAAUAAAACUUGUGAGCCAAUAUGCACAAUACCUUGUGUGAAUGGGACGUGUGUAGCACCAAAAACUUGUACUUGCUGGCCCGGUUAUAAAAUAGCUCGUAGAUUUACUUGUAAACCGAAAUGUAGCGGAGGAUGUCUUCAUGGUAUGUGUGUUAGCCCAGAAAAAUGUGUAUGUGAUUCCGGAUAUGAAAUAGCAACAUCAGAAUUAACAAAGACAGAAUAUUGUCGACCAAUUUGCAGCGAACCCUGUGUAAAUAGUAGAUGUGUAGCACCGGAUACCUGUGAAUGUAACCUUGGCUAUACGAAAACCAAGGAGAAUAUCUGCGAACCACAUUGUCCAGGCGGGUGUCAAAACGGUUUUUGUGCGAAGCCUUUUGAUUGUGUUUGUAAUCCAGGAUGGGAAAUAACACAAACGAAUGGUACUGCAAAUACUAUCUGUAAACCAAAAUGUGCUACUCCCUGUAUCAACGGGAUUUGUGUAGCCCCAGAAACUUGUGAAUGUCUCGAUGGUUACGUGAAAUCAAGGAAUAAUGUUUGCGAGCCUCACUGCCCAGAUGGAUGUCCAAAUGGAGCUUGCAUCAGUCCUGGGAUCUGCAAAUGCAAUUUAGGAUGGGAAAUGAUACAAAUUAAUGGAACUAUGAACAGAAUUUGUCAACCAAUAUGUGAGAAGCCAUGUGUAAAUGGCAUAUGUGUAGCCCCAGAGACUUGUGAAUGUUUCGACGGGUACAUAAAAUCAGAAAAGAAUAUUUGCCAACCACAUUGUCCAGGUGGAUGUCCAAAUGGAGCUUGCGUGAGUCCUAAUGUAUGUAGUUGUAAUUCAGGAUGGGAAAUGAAACAAACUAAUGAUUUAGAUAAUAAAACUUGUAAACCUGUAUGCACUCAAGCCUGUGUUAAUAGCACAUGCGUAGCUCCGGAGACUUGCAGCUGCCUUCCUGGCUAUAUGAAGACAGAAAAUAAUAUUUGUACACCUAGAUGUUCUAGCGGGUGUCCAAAUGGUACUUGUGUUGAGCCUGAAACUUGUAUUUGUAAUUCAGGAUAUGAAAUGAUACACGUAGAUGGAAAUGUGAACCAAACCUGUGAACCAAUAUGUGAUGUUCCUUGUUCUAACGGGAUUUGUAUAGCCCCGAACACUUGUGAAUGCCUCAGCGGCCAUGUGAAAGUAAAUAAUAGUGUAUGUUUACCACAUUGCCCAGAUGGGUGUCCGAAUGGAGUUUGCGUUGCUCCUGGGCUCUGCAAAUGUGACAUAGGCUGGGAAAUGAUGCAAGUUAAUGGGACCAUAAACAAAACUUGUAAACCUGUAUGUCGGAGUCCUUGUAUAAACGGCACGUGUGUCGCUCCACAGACUUGUGAAUGUCUCCCUGGGUAUGUGCAGUUAAGAGACAAUGUUUGUCAGCCGCACUGUGCUGAUGGCUGCCUGAAUGGCGUCUGUGUGACUCCCAAUACCUGUAGGUGUAACCCGGGAUGGUUCAGAAGUGAUCUCAAUGGAACUUGUGUAGCAGAUACUGCUGCCGUUAGUGCCAGCAAAGACGAGGAUAAUUGGGUGGAGUCCAACUGGAUAUAUAUCUUGGUCACUUCACUUGCCAUUUUAUUGGUUUUGAUAGCAAUCAUAAUUUUCAUAUAUUUCAGAAGAAAAAAAUCUGACAAGGAUGAUGGUACUACAGCUGUUCCAGAUCAAGAAAUAUCAACUAAAAUAUUUUGCAGACAAAAGGGUUCUUACGAUGUUAACGACAAUACUACUGAACUUUAAAUGUACUUAGUAGUGUAGUUUUAAGCGAUUUCUAUUUAUUUUAUCAAAAAUAAUUAAAU